CAUCAGAUGUGCACAUACGGGAAAAUCUUCACCCAUAUCUGUGACAUCGGGUUUACGCUCUGUACGUGUGGAUCACACAGCAAAAUAGAGUCACAGUAGAAAUUCUAGUCAAGCGUGUUUUUGACAAUCGUUGGCUGCUUUUAUAUGCUUUCUUCUUAUUCAGGCAUAAUAUUAACAGCGCUUUGUGCUGUAUGAGAAAAGGAAGGCAUCCUGUAUAACUGCCUACCCUGCGUGGUGAACUGCCUGGGCAGUGAAAGUGGUUGAUACUGCGAGGAAACACCCUUGGUAGAGCCACAGAGGCUGUCUCAUCUCACACACACAUCACUCCACGCUGAAUUCUGAUAUCGCUGGGAAACGACAUUGUUCAGUCUUCUCUCUCGUAAAUCGGGAGUACAGGGUGAAUCCAGCCCGCUAAUCCACGAAUACCCGACUCUGUUAGCUGGUUUAACCCGUGUAAGGGAAAACAAUCAUGAGUGCAGAAGGAGGAGGAGUGACCCUCAAGAGCCAGUUCGACAAGUACUGCCGCUUUGGAAAUCCCACUAAAACUACGAUGACAACUUCAGCGUGCAACAAAAUGUUGAGAGAGGCAAAAGUCACCACAGGCCCAGGCUCUAAAUAUACCAGUGCCGACGUAGAUAUCGCCUUUAGUAAGGUCAAACAAAAGACGCAAAAAGAAAUUAACUUUGACGAAUUCAAAAAAUUACUGGAUGAGCUGUCUAAGAAGAAGGGAGGUCAGACAGUCGAGCAGAUCUCGGAAAAAAUUACAAAAGUUGCCGGACCUUCAACACAAGGCACGACGAAAACUGCCCGAAAAGAUGUGGUGGACCAUUUGACGGACUCGUCGAAGUACACUGGGUCUCACAAAGAGAGGUUUGAUGACAGUGGUAAGGGGAAAGGCAUUGACGGCCGCAUGGACAGGCCCGAACAGUCCGGUUAUGUUUACUGGCUACAAGGAGAAGGGGACCUACGACAAAAAGCAGGAAGAUACGUCGGAGACUCAGUAGGACAUCAUCACCAUCAUCAUCUACACAGCCGACUGUCAAUGGCUGGGGCAGUCCUGUGGUGGGAUCUCUGCAAACAUGUACGACCUUGGAAACCUACAACUACCAUAUAUACCUCCAGAUUUAGUCAUCUUGCCGCCUGUUGGGUACGCUGAAAAUUGCGAGAGUUUCGUGACCAGAUAUGUAUCGUGUAUCACUGCUGCCAUGUACAAAAUAUUAUAUUUGUGCCAAUGUUUUAAAUAAUGUUUUCAGAAAAUUUAGUUUGCAUGCAUGUCCCUUUUCCUGUUAUGAAACUGUUAAAGUUUCGGCUAUGAGGCGAUUUAUCAAAAAAUUCCUGAAAUAUUUCCAUGCACAGUAACACCAGAGUGGGAAUUGCACAAUGCAUCGGCUGGCAAAAACAAGUUU